AUGGUCCGGAAAGAGCAAGGCUGGCAGUCGGAAGGAGCCCGGUGCGCGCACCACGAUGCGUAUGGCUGCCCAGGGAGGAUGCAGCUCUCUGCAGGGGGAGCCUCCUCCUUCGCGGCUCUCUCCGAGUGGGAGCGGCAGAGGCAGCAGCCCUGCAACUGCGUGACUCCGGCCGUCACCCUGCGCGUGGCCUCGAUGGCCGGAGAAGCCUGCGAGCUCGGUGUCAGGGAUGACUGGACCAUGGCCCAGGUGAAGCUGAAGAUGCAGCAAGUCUACGACAUCCCAGCGGGGCAGGUGUGCCUAAGCUUCGGGGCUAACAUCCUCCAGGAUGACGGCCUUGUCAGGGACCUUCAGCUGAAGGAGGGCUCGGAGCCAGUAUCUUGGGUGCGCCGCCACCCAGAUGUGGCAUUAUGGCUACCUCUGGUUCAGCAUGACUGGAAGAAGGUCCGCGAAGCCCCCGAAGAAGCCCGCAAGUCAAGCGAGAUCAUGUUGCACGUGCUGCGCCAGUCGCAUGCAGGGGUGCAGCACAUGGCGACCGAGCUCUUUCAGGAUCAGCACUUCCUGCGCCAGGCUUGCGAGAUGCGAGGCUUUUGCAAUGUUGUUGAUGUGUUGCUGCUCCUCUCCUACGCGGCAGCGACGGCAGAUGAGGACUUGUCUCGAGCUGCACUACACUCCGAGGCUCUUCGAAGGGCAAGUGCCUGGGACUUGGUGUCAUUGGUGGUGACUGUGGUUUCGAAGGCCAGGAGCCUUUCCCAAUCCAUGAAGAGCGGAUUGUUGGAACUGCUGCAGAAUGACAUGCCAUCGGCAGCUUUGGCACGGGGGUUCAACGAAUGGGCAGCGGUUGACGAGCAGCUGGCCCUUACACUUCUCGAGGCACACGGGACUGCUUUGGACAUUCGCGCCCAUGUCGGCGCUCAUGAAGGUGGGAACAUGCAGUUGUCCAACAUGCCGCCCAAACUGGAGCGGCACGCCUUCGCUUGGAAUGUCUUCGUAAACCACAGGGAUCAGAUGUCAAGUUUCUUGUUUGGGCGGUUGUUUGCCUACAUGGAAGUGGAGAAGUUGACUCCUUCCGAAGCUGUGCCGAUCUUCAUGGCAUGCAUGGGACACGGUCAUCUCGAUAUCUCUGGUGACCGGCGAGCUCAGAUCUUCGAAAGGGUCCUGUCGGAUUGGGCGGCCGAGGCCCCUGCGCUGCUUGAAUGCAUCGAGAAAGAUCGUCGCGAGAUCCAGCAGCUGCUGGCGUGGGCACGCGCGAAUAGAUGCCUGGCCAUAGCAUCCAGCCGCCAACUACAACAUGCCCUCAACUUUGUGCUGGACCAGGACCAUCCUCCAAACAGUCCCGUGGGCAGGCAGCUGAUGUGCCUGUUUGCUGAGUGCGAUCUCCUUCCGGUCGCUACGGCCGAGCAGAUUCCCUUGGAGUGGCUUGGGGAUCUGGCUGCUGUGCCUGACAGCAGGCAUGUUGUGGUGCAAGCGCUCCUGGCACGCCUGGAGAGCUGCACGGACGAGCGACUGGUGGAGCACAUGCGCAGCUUCUGGCACUUCAAUGUUUGGUCAGAGGCCGAUGGUGGUAGUUGCGAAAGGGCCAUUAGGCUCUUGGCCAGGUGGUGCUGCGAGGCUGGGCAGGGGCCUUCGGAAACGGCCUUUGCCUGCCAAGUCUUGCGCCAGCUGCCCUUAACUCGGCUGCCCAACCUGGAUGUCCUGUACGACUCGCCUGCGUUGCCAUCUCAGGCAAUGGGCGUGCGCGCUGUUCAGCUCGCUCAGUCCGCGCACCGCGCUGCCGGGGAGGCAAGGCAAGUCGCGCAGGAGGCCCUGCAGACGGCUCUGUGGAAGGCACAAGCCGCGCUGCACAAGGCGCAGCUGUCACAGCGCGCCGCAGACGGAACACGGGAGAUGGCGCUGGAAGCUGUGGAGACAGCCCAGCGUGGGCAGCAGCUGGCGAUGCACGCGUUCGAAGAGCAGAGGCUGGACCUCAUCAAUACGCUGAACGAGGUGACGGAGGGCAAGAUUUUUGUGGAGGUGGAAAAAGCGCGCCUCACGUCGAUGCUGGCCAACAUGAAGGAGGAGGAGGGGAAGGUCGACGAAGCCGCGAGCCUCAUACAGGAGGUCCAGGUGGAGUCCUUUGGAGCCAUGGAGAGGCGCGAGAAGACAGAGUACAUUCUGAAUCAGAUGCGCCUGGUCCUGGCAAAGAAGGACUUUGUUCGGACCCAGAUCAUCAGUAGGAAGAUCAACCCAAAGCUUCUCGACGCGGACGACUUUCAGGACAUAAAAAUCCGAUACUACGAGUAUAUGAUCAGAUACUGGCUGCACGAGAAGAAGUUCCUCGAUGUAGCGAAGUGCACCUUGGCAAUCUUCAACACGCCUUCGGUGAAGUCAGACGAGUCCAAGUGGAUCGAUGCGCUGACGGCCAGUUAG